CUCAGUACCGUGUGUUUGUCAUGUCCCAGCUCCUCUGUUGGUGUGCUUCUGUAUUGGACUCUGAAUUUUUAUUAGUUUUCUCCUUUGCCUCUUGUGUUCUGCUGAUGAAAGCUUUGUUAAAAUCAGAAGACAACAUGGAGGGAAAAGUGACUGCUUCCAAGAAACUGGUCCAUCACUCGCGCUCUCUGUGUGCUGGUGAGCAGGAUUAUGUUGACAGGAGGAAGACCGUCGUUCUGGAGUCACUCAACAACCUGGGAAUCAACUGUACCACAGACUCACUUCCCAACAUUGUUCUGUUGGCUUCAGGCGGGGGUCAGAGGUCAGCCGUGGGUCUGGUGGGUUCUCUCUAUCAGAUGGAAAAGGACGGUCUGCUGAACACGCUGCUCUACCUGGGAGGAGUUUCUGGGUCCACAUGGUCCAUGUCCUCCCUGUACAGUGACCCAGAAUGGAGCGCCAACAUGGACAGAGCAGUGUCCAUGCUGUCCGGCCCUGGGGUCGAGCUGGAGGAGGCGCUGGCCUGGCUGAGCAAAACGUCACAGGAGGAGUUCUUCUCUCUCACGGAUAUCUGGGGGGUUUUAACCUCUGCUGGGAUCAUGAAACAGAUGGACCUGCGGCGACUUUCAGACGAGGCCAGCUACAAUGCCACCAACCCUUACCCCGUCUACAGCGCCAUAGAGAGGAUGUGCUUCGUCGACGGGCCUAUAGAAGGGAAAUGGUUUGAGGUGAGUCCUCAUGAGGCUGGAUUCACAGAGCUGGAGCUCUUUGUUGAAACGUCUCUGCUGGGCAGUAAGUUCCAGAGGGGGGAGCUGCUGGAGCAGAAGCCGGAGAUGGACAUGGUGAGACUACAAGGUCUUCUUGGUUGUGCGUUGGCUCAUGAAGAGAUGGUCAGAGAGUUCAUUCCUCCCUGGCUGAAUGUGCCUGCUCAUAUCGACAGUGCUGCUAAAGAGUACCUGCGCGUCUACAGCGCCCUCGACAAACUGGCGCUCCUCAUCACGAGUACCGUCAAGGAACCAGCUGCUCUGUCUGCCCUGAAGACUCUGCAGGAAAUACUACAUGACAAGGUCAAUCAGAACCAGUCUGCCUCACUGGAGGGUAAGAGUCCGGAGGAAAGACAGAUUCAGUUUCAGCAGUGGAGCCUGGAACUGUUGACAGCAGUGGAGACCUGGAGCCAAAGUCUGGAGGACGGAGCCUUCAAAACACAUGUCUCUCUGAUCACAAAGCAAGUCCUUCCUCUCGUUGUGAAAUGGGAGUGGGGAACAAUCAGCAACUUCCUGUACCAGUAUGAAGAUUUCAACGUUCCACCGUGUCUCAACGCCACGGACAGAGUCCACCUGGUGGAUGCAGGGCUGCUCAUCAAUGUGGGCUACCCUCCGUUUCUGGGAGACAAGAGAGACAUCGACCUCAUCAUCGCACCCGAGUACAGCGCUGGAAACAUGUUUGAGACUCUGACUCUUGGCAGAGACUACGCAGCCGAGGUGAAGAAGCCUUUCCCAGAGAUAGACGACAAAAUCCUGGAGGACAGAGAGUGGCCGAAGGACUGCUACGUGCUGGAGGGAAAAGAGAAGGAGCCCACCAUCAUUUACAUGCCACUGUUCAACCGACAAAACUGCAAAGAUGCAGAGGAGUUCACCGCCAAGAUGGAGGAGUUCUCCACCUUCCAGCGUCCCUUCGAUGAAGAGAAGCUCCAGUUUGUGUUGGAGACGGCGAAAGCCAACAUGAAGAACAACAGGGAAACUCUGCUGAGGGAGAUUAACAAGGCUGUUCUACGCCGACAGAACAAGACACGAGACAGUGAAAUGUGAAUGAAGCAACUGGUCAAACCUGGAGCUGGUCGCUCUCUCUGCUCCAGGUAAUGUCAUCAGCUCAGUACCUGUGAUCUUUAGACUGUCUGCCCCAACAAUGUUUUACAUUUAUCAAGCUGCUUGUUUGAUGAAGGAAAGCAUUUACAUCCGUCGUCCCACAUUUGAAUCGUCACUAGACUGUUUUUUAAUUCUGAUGUGUUGCUUGCACAAAUGCUACAGCCAUACUUCCAGCUUGUUACUUACUUAUUUCUUAUAUAUAAGUUUACUUGAUAUAUCCAACCUGUGUCCAAUCUGUCAACAUUUCACACGAGGCCUCCCACAUUGUCCCACAUAACAAUUCUCUGGUCACCGCAUAAAUAACUUAACUGUACAGGCAGCUGUGACAAAACUCAACUCAAAUCUACAACAAAAACACCAUAUAUGAUAUAUCACAAACAGAGAAAUGGUUCUUGUCAACCCUGAUUUUACAUCGUUUAAUUAAAAUUGUUUUGGCAUCUUG